GAAAAAAGUGUUUGGCUAAAUAAAAAGGGACGGAGGGAGUCUUAUCCAACAUUAUUCAAUUAAGAUUGUCUCAUUUUAAUUUUAGUUCUGUUUCAUUAAAACUAUCUCAUACUAAACUUGGUAACGUUUUGUGAUUCUCAAUUAUUUUAUUUUGUGUUAACUUUAUUAAUUUAAUAUCAAUUACUACUAAUAUAAAUUCUUUUUUUGCUAACCCACCGCCUCCUCGUCUUAUAAGUUGUAUCCAUGCUAGUGGGACGGGCAGUAUUAUGGAAUAUAUAUUUUUUGACUAAAGUAUUAUGGAAUAUAUUUAAAAAUAAAAAAGGAGCCCAUGAAAAAUGGACCCAAAGCAUUACCGCGCCAAAUUUCAAAGCUUAAGAAACGAAAAGCAGAGCACUUCCGAUUUCGGUAGCUAAAUAACAAUGGGAGAAGAACAAGUGUUCCCAAACAGCAACGAACUCGUGGUUGCAGAAGCUCUUCUCCUCCUAUGCUUCACGCCUCCGUCUCCUUCUCUUCCCAGCAUGAUCAAACACGAGAGCUCCUUGCCGUUAAUUGAUUUAAGCACUGGAACUGUUUGCUUCUCCAAUUCAAAUUCAAAACCACAAUCGUGUGCCUCUACUUUGUCUGAUGUGACCUGGGAUGGUGAUGGCUCAUCUGUAGAUGCUCAAUCACAUUCAUGUAGGAAGAAGCUUGAGGUGGUUCGGAAGAAGAGGUCACUGAGCUUCUGCAUUUCUGAUGAAGAGAAAAUCUGCCCAGUAAAGGAGAUGUCAGUGGUAACUAAACCGCUUGCUGCCUCUUCAUGCCUGUCAAAUGAGUCUGGAUCCAGCACCAUUUCCAGCGCAGGUAGCCUUGGCAGCGCUAGCAUCGUGGGGAAGCAGCGGGACAAGGCAAAACCAGUGAUUGAAGUGUUGAAAUCAAAGAAAAAGCGGCCAGAGUUGACACACAUAAGACGCCGGUCAGAGGCUAUCUUGAACAUCUUGUCUCAUGGAUCCGCUUCUGAAGUCAAGAUCCGCAAGCUUCUCGGUGAUAGCCCUGACACCAGCAAAGCCCUGAGAUUGCUGCUCAAGUUGGAAGAAGUGACAAGAUCAGGGGCUGGAGGACAAAAAGAUCCAUAUAUUUACACAAUAAAGUGAGAAUUUAAGCAGACCAUCACAUAAAUUACACCAAAUGAGCAAACUUCGGAAAGGGGAAUGUUAAAUUUUUAAUAACUUCAUAGAUGCAUGUGUAUAACUCCACUACUUACGGUAUAGUGGUAUAGUGGACAGAUCAAUUAUUGUGAUGCUUUUAACUUGUAAGUAUAUAUAAAGAUCAAAGACCUACAAGUACUUCAUCAAGUACUACAGUUGGAAC